GAUCGGGCCAUAAAAGGCUUUGCCUCCGGCAGGGUUAGAGCAGUGAUUGCAGCGAUUGGAAAGCAGCGAGACGCCUCAAGCAGCAGCAGCAGCAGCAACAAUGAAACAAGUUCUAAUCGUAGUCGUUGGACUGCUGGCCAUUGGCAUCCAGGCACAGGAUAAUUGCCCCACACCCGUCUACACCGAGAAUAUUGUGCCCGUGUGCCAAGCAAAUACGCGCAUCAAGUUGCCCAACUAUGCGGACCCCACCUCCUAUUAUUCCUGCAGCACAGGCGAACCUGUACCGGUGAAAUGCGAACCGCCCAAGGGCUACUUCAGCUAUGUGCUGCAGGAGUGCUCGACAUGCGCCAACUACAUACCCGCCGUCGAGUGCUCACAGAAUAAGUUGGGCCUCAAAUGCGAGAAAAUUGAUUCUGGUGCCACUACGACACCGUCGGGCUCGACAGCAGCGCCAACAACUAAGACUACAAAUGCUGCAGAUACAACUCCCAAAACAACCAAACCAGCCACGACCAAGGCAACCACAGUGAAUCCCGGACCGACAGUGCCUUCCCCACCGGAUGAUACGACCGCGGCUCCCGGCCAGAUCACCACCCCCAAUGGCGAUUUACCAACCGGCACCACCAUCUUUGUGCCACAGCCCCCAUCUCCCAAUGAUCCCAAUAUACCCGCUCCGCCUACUCCAGAGCCAACAGUCGGCACCCUGGCCCCUGAGCCGCCCUAUGCUCCAUAAUCUGUAUAACCUAUCUAUAUGUGCGUAUAAAUGCUUAUAUAUGAAUACCGUUACCCCCUAAUAAUGUAUAUGUACAAUUGAGUGCGCGAAUCGAUGUUGGAUUUGAAUAAACAUUCACAGUGCAAUGGCAUAGAAACAAA